AUGGGGGCAGACAGGAUGAGUACAAGGCAGGAUGGGCAGUAUCGGGAUGGGCACGGGCAGGAAGUGGACACGGAUGGGCAGGAUGGGACGUUCCCUGCGAUGCUGAGCGUGCGGGGAGCGCUGGGCGCCGAGCGCCGCCUGCUCCACCGGCUCCGCUCCUACCUGAGGGCCAAGAGCUCCCGCCUGCGCCUCGUCCGCAGGUUCUAUGAGAAGGUCCAGGCACUGCACCAGGACCCUGAGGCCUCAGUGGACAACCCCUUGCUGGCCUUCAGCCUCAUCAAGCGCCUCCACUCUGACUGGCCCAACAACAUCUACAAUGACAAGGCCACCAGGAACACCCAGGCACUCCAUGCUGGCCUCAGGGAGGUGAAGCAGGAGCUGCCUGGAGCUGAGGACCUGGACGGGGCAGCCAGGGUGCUGAUGUGGCUGCAGGACAUCUACGCACCGAGAGUCAAGGGCUUGGCCAAUGGCAUCUUCCAGAGAGCCGGGCACCCACCCCUCUACAGCCCUGACUGGCGUGCCUCCCUCUCUGCCAACGACUGGGAAAGGUGAGGGAAGGUGGCCUAUGACACAGGUGACUAUUACCACUCCAUUGCAUGGCUGGAGGAGGCUGUCAGCCUUUUCCACCUCUCCUAUGGCAGCGGGAACCUGGAGGACCGGAGCAGCCUGGAGGAUGCUCUGGACCAUCUGGCCUUCUACUUAAUGGCUGGAAACAUCUCUCACGCUUUGAGCCUCUCCAGGGAGUUUCUCCACUAUGAUCUCAGUAACCAAAGGGUGUCGAGGAACAUGGCCAAGUACAAGAAGCUGCUGGAGAUGGGGACGGGGGCAAGUGCCAGGCCCCUGCAGUGCCCCAACACCCACCUGCAGACCCGUGAUGCCUGCAAGGAGCUGUACCAGCGCCCCAGUGCGCAGCCAGCCCCAGAGCAGCUCCUGCACCUCAGCUGCUCCUGCGAGACCAACAGCAGCCCCUUCCUCCUCCUCCAGCCUGCCAAGAAGGAGAUGGUCCGGAUCCAGCCCCAUGUGGCUCUGUACCAUGAUUUCAUUACCGAUGCUGGGGCUGAGACCAUCAAAGGCUUGGCAGGGCCCUAGCUGCAGAGAUCCGUGGUUGCCUCUGGGGAGAAGCAGCAGAAAGCUGAGUACCGGAUAAGCAAGAACACCUGGCUGAAGGACACGGUCGACCCUGUUGUGUGUGUGUUGGAUCAGUGCAUCACUGCUGUCACUGGCCUGGACCUGUGGCCAGCCUAUGCUGAGUACCUGCAGGUGGUCAACUAUGGCUUGGGAGGCCACUAUGAGCCACACUUCGAUCAUGCCACGUCUACGAAGUGUCCCCUGUACAUAAUGAAGUCAGGCAACAGGAUUGCCACAAUCAUGAUCUAUCUGAGUGCAGUGGAGACUGGAGGCUCCACUGCUUUCAUCUAUGCCAACUUCAGCGUCAAGCAACCCAUCUCUGCUCCACAGAACGCGGCUCUUUUCUGGUGGAACCUGCGGAGGAAUGGGAAUGUUGACGGGGACACCCUCCACGCCGGCUGACCCGUCCUGGACGAGGACAAGUGGGCGGUGAAUAAGUGGAUCCAUGAACAUGGGCAGGAGUUCCGGCGGCCGUGCAGUGCUGACCCACAUGACUGA